AUGGCGUAUUCUGGGCAGAGGCACGGUGGUGUUGGGAGCUCCUCGAGGCCAGGGAAUGAUUUCAAGGGGGCAGCCAACUCGGUGGAGUUUCUGGGUAGGGAGAUGCUGGGAAUGCAACUGAGGGGUGCCAAGCCGGAUACAGAUGAUGAAAGGGAGAUGGGGUCAAGUUCAGAUGUGACUGAUAGUUCUAGUAAUGAAGCUGGUCAUGUAAUAGUGACUACAAUUCGUGGGCGCAACGGCCUGCCUAAACAGUCUGUCACAUACAUCGCUGAACAUGUGGUUGGAACUGGUUCUUUUGGGGUUGUAUAUCAGGCAAAAUGCCGAGAAACAGGAGAAAUUGUUGCCAUAAAAAAGGUUCUUCAAGAUAAGCGUUAUAAGAACAGAGAGCUGCAAAUCAUGCAUAUGCUUGACCAUCCUAACAUCAUCGGUCUUAAGCAUUACUUCUUUUCAACAACUGAAAGGGACAAGCUUUAUCUCAAUCUUGUUCUUGAGUUUGUUCCAGAGACAGUAAACAGGAUUGCAAGGCAGUACAACCGAAUGAAUCAGCGGAUGCCCCUCAUUUUUGUCAAACUGUACACGUACCAGAUAUGUCGAGCGCUUGCUUAUAUACAUAACUGCAUUGGCAUAUGCCACCGUGAUAUCAAACCGCAGAAUGUUCUUGUUAACCCACAUACACACCAACUCAAAAUUUGCGAUUUUGGAAGUGCUAAAGUAUUGGUCAGAGGAGAGCCAAACAUCUCCUACAUAUGCUCAAGGUAUUACCGAGCACCAGAGCUCAUAUUUGGGGCAACGGAAUAUACUACUGCUAUUGAUUUGUGGUCAACAGGCUGUGUCAUGGCAGAGCUGCUUCUAGGACAGCCUCUGUUUCCUGGAGAAAGUGGAGUCGACCAACUAGUUGAGAUCAUCAAGGUUUUGGGUACUCCAACAAGGGAAGAGAUCAAGUGCAUGAAUCCAAACUACAUGGAGUUCAAGUUCCCACAAAUUAAAGCUCAUCCGUGGCACAAGGUUUUUCAAAGAAGGCUUCCACCUGAAGCAGUGGAUCUUGUUAGCAGGUUUCUACAGUACUCACCAAAUCUACGGUGCACUGCUUUGGAAGCCUGUAUGCACCCUUUCUUUGAUGAGCUGAGAGACCCAAACACUCGUCUACCGAAUGGUCGGCCUCUGCCGCCUCUCUUCAACUUCAGAUCUCAAGAAGUUAAACCUAGAUGCUUCAAAUACUGUUCUCAGCUAACUGAUCAGAUGUUUGCAAUCCUGACAGAGCUGAAAGGUGUUCCCCCAGAAGUUGUCAAACGCCUUGUCCCAGAGCACUCGAGAAGGCAGAGUCUGUUCAUGGCGCUACGGACCUAG